GCAAGAAGAUCCUCGCAAGGUCAGUUUAGUGUUAUAAUGAAAUUUCGAGAGUGACAGUGCGACUCAGGCACAAUUAUUGAGUGAUUUUUGAAAAUAAAUAAGUUAAAAUGAGAGUGUCAACGAUAUAUUUUCAAAGCGCCGCAAAGAUGUUGGACUUUUAUUCACAAUUUAAUCCGUCUCCCUUGUCUAUAAAAAAAUUCAUUGAUUUUGGUCUGAACGCGUCCGAAAAGAAGUCGUUCGUGUUUUUAAGGAAAGAACUACCGGUGAGAUUGGCUAACAUCAUGAAAGAAAUCGCUUUAUUACCGGAGAACCUUUUACGCAUGCCUAGCGUCGUGGCCGUCAAUGAUUGGUACAUGCGUAGUUUUCAAGAAAUCAUCGAAUUCGAAAAAACAGAUCCGAACGUCGAAACGUUGGAGCAUUUUUGUAACGAGCUAGUUAAAAUUAGGAAUAGACACACCAACGUCGUCGAAACAAUGGCGCAAGGUGUAUUAGAAUUGAAGGAAUCCCACGAUAUCGAUCAUCACACCGAACACAGUAUUCAAUAUUUCUUGGACAGGUUCUAUAUGUCGAGGAUAUCUAUUAGAAUGUUAAUUAACCAACACAUAUGUUUAUUUUCAGCCUUAUUGUUUGGAGGUCAAUUGGAGAACGCGCCCGGACCUAACAAAAGUAAAUACAUCGGUUGCAUAGACACGCAAUGCGACGUUGUCAGCGUUAUCAAAGACGCUUACGAAAACGCCAGAUUCCUUUGUGAUCAGUACUAUUUGGCAUCGCCGGAUCUUAUAAUCGAAAUAUCCAGGAAUAAGGAUUCCGAAGACAAACACAUCACAAAUAUAGUUUACGUUCCAUCGCAUCUUUAUCACAUGCUUUUCGAAUUAUUUAAAAAUUCGAUGAGAGCUGUCAUGGAGUACCACGGAUCCGUCGAUCAGUACCCACCGAUUACCGUGACAGUUUCUAAAGGAAAAGAAGAUAUAUGUCUAAAAAUGUCCGACAGAGGUGGUGGUAUACCGAGAUCAACAACAGAUCAUCUUUUCAAAUAUAUGUAUUCAACAGCUCCCCAACCAAGCAAAUCCGAUGCCCAUACAGUUCCAUUAGCGGGUUAUGGUUACGGAUUACCUAUUUCCAGAUUAUACGCCAGGUAUUUUCAUGGAGAUCUCGUACUUUUAUCUUGUGAAGGCUGCGGAACAGAUGCAGUAAUUUAUCUCAAGGCAUUGUCUAAUGAAGCUAACGAGCUGUUACCGAUUUUCAACAAAACAUCAUCAAAGUUUUAUAGAACGAUCGUUCAAACCAAUGAUUGGUCCAACCAGUGUACGGUCAUAGGUGACAGACAGAUCACUACAAAGUCGAAGAGGCACGAAGUUUCGCAUUCGAAUAAAGAAUCUAUGACUAGAGCGUUAUAAUACUGUAAACAUUUUUUAAAAAAAUUAGAGUAAUGUAGAGUAACUCUAGUUUUGAGAGGGUGUGGAAAAAUAGACUUUUAAAAAAUUUUCGGUGUACAUUUAGAUGCUGCUUACUUAUUAAUUUUACUUCCAUUUUCUCACAGAAAAGGUGACAACCACAAACACGACACCUUGUAUCUAUUCAGUGGAAAAUUUUAUAACCACCAAUAUUUUUUUUAGUUAAUUAAGUGAGGGUAAAAGUGACCAAUUAUGCAAUUUUUUGUUCAUAUAUGACUAAGUUUUUUACAAAUAUAAACAAACACUAAAUGUGGAUGAAUAUAAUACCAAAGUUGUCGUUUUUGUUCUUGUUGCUUAUUUUUGUCUUUGUCAUGUUUAAUAAAGCAAUUAAGUGAAAAGUAAUAAUAAUGAUACUCCACACUCUCAAUCACACUAAUUUAUUUUCAUUGAAUAAUUUGUUUCUUUUUUUAUUUGGUGUGAUCCUAAUUUUGAUUGUUAAAAUUGGAAUAGUCUUUUAUAUAUUAAGGACAUUCAGUGAUAGUUGCUAUAUGAAAAAAACUUGUUGCUCCACAUCGAAUUGUAUAGUUGUGGAAAUGCUCUAAACCGAUAGGCAAUCAAAUAAUUUCCAGCUACUAAAUUUUUCUAUAAAAUCCAUGUAGGAGAUCAAAAAAGGCAAUUCGAUCUUAAACUCUUUUUUUUUUAUAUUUUUUUAAUCAGAUAUUCUGAGCAUUUACAUUUUUCAAUUGCCUUACAUCUGGAAAUUUAGAAAGACUUCAGUAAAAGUACAGUUAUUAAAUACAAAAUAUUAUGCUACCCUUUCUAAAGUUUCAAUUUGGAUGCUGUAUUCUAAAGUUGCAGCCAUAGCCCCAUAUGCAGUGGUAAUAUACGAUUAUUUAAGCAAAACAAUAAAAAAAAACAGGUUUCGGUGAAAGAACUGAAAAGCAAUGACAUCUGUAUACGAUAAGUAAAAACUGUUAUUAAUAGAAAAUUAAUUGUAUACUAAAGGAUUUGUCUCACAUGAAGGUACAAAAUAGUUGUUUUAUCCUGUUAUUUUUUUAGAGAAAGAAAGUUUCUAAUUCUCUUCUAGCAACAUUGCUGCUUAUCUUCAACCUUUAUCCAUGUUAUCACCAUGCUGCUCUCGUUCCUAUAUCUCCGAGUUCAAGUAAUUUGCAAAUAUCUUCAAAAAAGGAACUUGUUGCAUCCUGUAUCAGAAACUAUUUAGAUCUAGAUUGGGGAUUACAUUGGAUUGCAAUAUUGUUUAAUGUGUUCCCUAUCAUCUCCGUUUUCAACAUUAGCUCGUCUUCCAAUUCCAGAGUUCUAAUAAAUUCCAUUGCCUGUGCUGGCUUCACCCUAACAGGUUUCUUUGCGUAUAUUUGCAACAUGGAAACUUUCUAAUACUAAGUCAUCAUAAGUGUACACUGCUACAGUACUUCUUUUUCCGUUAUCUCUUUUUUUCUGAAUCUUGUGUACUUAGUAUAGGAACAUUUUCUCAUCCUACAGUUUGGUGAGUUAGGUCUGCCUAUUUUUUUUGGUUUCCUUAUCACCAGGAACCCAACUAAAAAGACUUGACUGUUUCAUGAAGUUUUUUCAGCACUCCCAUGUCAACUUUGAGUCGAUAUAUGAGAUCUCCGAGAUUUGAUAGUUGUUUGAUUAUCAAGUUCAUUUCCAAGCAUUUUUUAAGUUCUUUAACAGACGCUUAUUGAUGAUGAAUAUUAAGUAUCGCCAUCUUCUACUUAACUUUGCUCCUGUCAUGGUGUUUAAACUAUCUGGAUUCAAUUUGAUGUUUUUUUCUGGAAUUUGGCCGGUAUAUUUUCUUUAUCAGUUUUCCUUCUCACUUAACACAAAUGUGAAGUGUUUUACGAUAAUUUUCUGAAUAAUUUUAUCACUUUGAAUAUUUUAUGAUAAGAUAUAGACAAUAGACAUGGACCAGGUUUUUGCUCAGAUUUUCUGAACUCUUGAUUUGAUCUAUCGCCAUUUGAAGAUCUGUAAUGACCUUAAGUGGAACAAAAAAAACGUCGUUUCCAUAUCUAUAAAUAAAAUGUGGACAGAGAAGUUGAUAUAUGAUAAAUUGAAUUGAUUUUUUAUUGAAGUUUAGGACCUGAUGUAAAUAGGAAAAAAAUGUUUUUAGAUUUAACUUGGAAGAGGUAGAAUUUAAUGGUUAAUUAUGAUUUGAUAAAAUCUGUAGUCUAUAAUAAGUACACUCGUAAGCAAAAAAAUAGACUCAAGUCAAAAAUCUAUAGCUUUCAUUUUUUUUAUUUUAGCAUAUCAAAACCAUUAGUGUUAGCUUUAUGAGUAAUCUAUGUUGUAGGUAACGACCUCUUCCCUUACAAUUUCUUCCCUGUAUCUGUUGGCUGUUGAUCCUCGCUCCACCGCAAGUUUCAAUAAAAACCAACUUAGUUUUUGCUUCUAUUGAAAUCCUACUCAAACCAUCCAGAAACCUCCUCUAAAAGCCACGUUAUCUUUUGCGCAACACUGCGCGAAUCUUUCUUCUGUCUUCUAUUGAUACCAUGCAGACGCACUCUGCUUUUACCUGAAAAGAGAACGGAGCCCCAUUAUUCGUCCAAUUAAUGUGUUUUCUGGCAAAUCGUAGACGGACUGCUCGAUGGGUUGGAGUUAAUUUGGGGCGAGUAGCUGUUUUUUUGACUCAAAAUUAGCUGCCUUAAGACUUCUACUGACUGUCCAGCUACUCACAGUCACUCCUCGUUUUUCUCUGAACUUGUCUACAUUUUACACCAGUGAGGGUGCGAUUUCUCACCGAUGUGUUGAUCAUCUCUCUCGGUUGUGCACUUUUUUUCUUCAGGAACCGCGUCUUCGAUUAAAGAAACCUAACCAGUUUCUUGGUAACGACGGUAAACUCUUGAAACAGCAGACUGACUCAUGUUCAGUGUGUUCGCCACUUCUCACUGACCUUGACCUUGCGCAAUAGGGUGACCACUUGAGAAACUUUAGCAUUUGUUGUGCACUUUUCAGAUAGAAUUCUUGUUUAUUGUUAAUGAAGAUCUGUAUCGGCUUACAUUUGUUGGCUAACUAAUAGUGGUGUGUUAGGUAGAUAACCUUUAAUAAGAGUCAGUUGCCCCUAAUUAGCACUAUUUUAAACAAUCAAAAACGUGGUGGUUACCGAUCAUAUCUUAUUGUUAAAUUUUAUUAAGAAAAAUACAAAUUCGUGCUCAGUUUUUUUGUCAUUAACUUGCGAUUGCAGGGGUGACGCCUGAUGCGAUUUUUUUGUUCACGAGUGUAUAUUCCUAAUACAUAUAUAGAAAAAUCGUCCCUUUUUAUUAGUUCAAUACCUAUUUUUGAUCCAAUUAUGGUAUAAAUAGGUUUUUUGACAGUAUUGAUUCCAGUUAAUAGAGAACAGUCAAUCAAAACGUCUCAUUCUACCAAUUCCUACUUAUAUGAAUGUUGUUGAAAUGGUUGCAGGAAAAAAAGUGCUCCAAUUACAGGACAUGAUAACUCUAAUCUCACAUGAAAUAUUCAAAAUCUUAUAUUGUUCGGCAUUAUACACCGACUUUAUUGAAACUGCGCUUCAUUGACAUAUUCUUAACCUUAGAAAAAUAAAGGGAUUUGGAAGUUUUGGAACCGUUGGUGAUAUUCAUACUGAACACACUGUUGACACUACCACUACACCAACACUCACAAAUACACUGUAUGGCGCACGUUUCGAUAACCAAGUUAUCGUCUUCAGAGACUGAAGGUAAACUGUACUCAGUUCUCUGAAGAUGGUAACUUGGUUAUCUAAACGGUCGUCAGACAAUGUAAUUGUGAGUAUUGGUGUAGUUGUAGUGUAUACAAUACAAACAACAGAAAGAUAGGGAAAGCGACAAAUUUCUGGUUAAGUUAAAUUGAACUAAUAUGAUAAGUAUUCGUAAGUACAAUAAAAAUUCCAUAUAGUUAACCACUAAACUCGACUUUAACCUCAGUUUUUAAUUAAAAUUUACAUUCUAUGAAACUGUGUUUCCCAAAUUAUUUAUUUUUAUAUGUGUAAAUUAGGUUAUAUAAUUAUUUAUUAUACUCGUUGAUCAAAAGAAAACUGACCAAUUAUUAGAAUAAAUCUACAAAAAUGAGUGGGUUUAAAUUGUAAAAAAAAAUUCUUCGGGAAAGUCAAUCGUUUUUAAAAUACCAGAUGUUGUGUUUUGCACAUUUUUAUGGUUAGUUCCAAACUACUAGCAGAAUUAUAAUGCUGUUUACUUUGAAAAACAAUGUAUGUCUCGAAUUUGUUUCUGAAUUUCAUAGGGAGUGCUAGUUACAUCGUGUGAAUACAAAACUCACUGUUUUUGAGAUAAUCCAAAUAUUUUGGCAAAAUUGUGUACCGUUUUCACAUCAUUCUUAUCAAAACAUUUGACAAUAAAUUCUAUCUGUUAAGGCACGGGAUCAAAAUUUCAAAGUAUAAUACUAUAAAACUGGAAAAACAUUAAGAAAAUCUUUUGUUUAUUUUAAUUUUUCUUCAAAUUCUCCCUUUUUAUAAUUUUGAAAACAUAACAUGAUACCUAUCAAAAAGAUGUCUUCCUUCGAAGAAGAUUGCAAAAAGAUACACUUUUUUGUUUAAAAAUUCAAAAUAAUCCAAGAAAACUCUUCCUCAUAUACAUUAAAAAUGGAUCAUUUUAAUGGUUUUCAAAAAUUUACAGUUUUAUUUACUGGAAGAAUAAACAAUUUUGGUUUUUUAACCUUUUUUUUUCUUUUUUUCAUUACUUUUUUGCAAUCAGGGACGAUUAAAUGAAAAAAGUUCAUGAAAUGUGUCACCUAUUCAAAUAAAAUACCGUCACAAUGUUGCCAAGUAGCUUUAUAAUGGAUAAUUUUUUUACAAAACAAACCACUUUUUGCUAGUAAUGGGGUCAAUUUCUUUUCAAACAUCCUGUAUAAUUUUAAAAGUAUGAUUUAACUCGAUAUUUUUUGUCGACAGAAGAAAAUGAUGGAUCAAUAUACCAAAGAUUAAUAAUAGUCGUCUAUUGCCAAUUUUACAAUGAUAUCUUUGACUCUAGUGAAAUAUGAGUAGAACAUCCAUAAACAAUUUUUAAGCUACCAAAAAAUAAUAAGAAACUAUAUACCGAAUUUCAAUGCACACCAACCAUAACCUGUUUUCGAGAGAUUCUAACAAUUAAAAAUGAUACAGAAAAGAAUUGUUAAUUUAUAUAAAUAAUUAUUAAUUGCAUGAUGUUAUUUUUAACUAAUUCUGUGGUUAAUUUAAUUAAUAGACAAACCCAGAAAAAUCUCUAACAGAAAUACUGUAACAAACUUAUACAGAUUCUGGUUAUUUUUCUUCUUGACCUUUACCAUAUGAAAACAAUUAUCGAUGUAACUUCCUUCAUUAUCUUAAUCUAUAUGACUACUCAGUUAACAUCUAUUCUGGAGUGUUCUAUUUAUAUUCUGGAACUGUUACAAAGAACAUUAAGAAUAUUUGAUCGGUAUAGACAGGCUAUAAAUGCGUCUCACGAGAAGUGUGGAACGAAAUAUUAGUGAAGUGGAAAAGUCAAAUAUUGACAAUGAAAUCAAUAAUUGAAUGAUGGAAAUCAUGAGUAUUAGAAGAGGAUAUAAAAUAAGCAAAGGUGUAAGUAGGUUAGGCAACCUCGAUCUAGAUUAUGUCGUCCUCCAAGGUUUGCCUUCGUUUCUAUAUCAGGUAGAACAUCGGCAGAGCAGAUGCUCGAUCGUCUUUCUUCUUCGUUACACUGUUUGCAAUAGUUACUUGUCCUUCCAUUUCUGAAAUCUUGUACCAAUAGUACAUUGUCCAUUGAUCACUCCAAUAUUCUUCUGAAUUGAAUGUUUCGUGAAUCUUAUUAGUUUUUUUGUAAUCUCUUUAUUGAUCCUUGUCCAAAUCUCUCUGGAUAUCGUGAUCCUUAUUCUUAUGCCAAUAGCAUCUUUUAAUAAUUUCAUCGGUACUAGCACUGUUACUGACAGCAUUUUUUCCCCUCUUCCCACCGAUAGGAAGUUUGUCUAUCUGCUUUAGAGUUCCCUUCCACUUCAUAGAUCGAGGAGUGUAUUGCGACAACUCAUUACUACUUUUGAUUUUGUGGUUUUUGAUUCUAUUGCUUUUAGAGCUGUCUAUGUAGAUUGCUUUUUUUUUGUUUGAUUCACCACUUUCCCUUAUCAGUCUAAAAGCCUUUUAUAUCGCGUAGAAUUCCUCUAGAACGAUAUUAUAUCCAGUUUUCAUUCUUCUCGACUUUUGCAGGUCCAGUUUAUUUAAAACACAGCAGUUCCAUAUUUUGUUAUAGUGCUAUUUGUGAAUAUUGAUAUAUCAUUAUCCUUUAUGGUGGAUUUUUCUACCCUUUCUUAUGUUGUAAGAAUUUUGAUUUUCAUCCUUUAUUUGAAAGUCCGUUUUUAUGAUCAUGUAGUCCAUGCUCUGAGCUAAUAUUCUUUUUCCUUUUUUUACCCAUUUCCCUUUUGAUGCUACACCUUUUAUGAAGAAUUCUACAGGCUGCAAGCUUGGGAUUGCUUCUAGUGCUACUUGAGCAAUAUUUCUCAGAUCCGGUGAUUCCCAGUGCUGUUCUGAACUGUUCCUGUACAUAAAUUUGACUGUAGAAAAGAUAUCAAUGUAAGAUUCGCAGAUCAUUGAUUGAUGUUAGGAAAAUAUACUUAAAAAAAUGUAAAAAUUGAAUUGGUAUAAUAGAAAAUAUUUAAGAUUAGAAAUAAAUAUGUAAGUGUUAAGUUUCUCUAAUACAUUGUAUAUAAUAUUGAAAGUAUUAAAAAAAUUGGAAAGUAAC